AUGUCGGUACUUAAGAAGGACUCUACAAGUGAGAAGAGAACACAGCUGGAAAGCAUUUUGGAGGAGCGUAAUAAUAAGCUGACGCAGCUUUUUUGGCUUUCACGUCUUAAUGAGUUGAAGUCAGGGGGAGAUUUGCAGUCCGUUAGGCAGGAGCUAGCUGAAUUUCUUGUGCAGAAUGACCUAACAAAGAACCUGACUUUUGACAUAUCAAGCCUACGAACAUAUAGGCCACAGGAGCCGCCUAUGGAUAGAAGGCCAUUAAGGAGCAAAAGCAGCACUCCUUUAGAAAAUGGGACUAUCAAUAGAAAGAGAGAAGAUGCGGAACCACAUAUGGAAGAGACAAGGAAACGACUGAGAGAACAUAUAAUCCCUGAGGAAGACGACGAUAGAGAACAUGAGCAAAGGCCAGUGAAACUUCAGAAGGUUGGUUUAUCGCAUGAUGAAGAGUUGCCGAAGCGGCUUGAACCACCCACGAUACCUAUCAGGAAGAUAUCAAGCGCUGGAGAUAAUCAAGAGACUGGCUCUGUUAUCGGUGAGAAGAAGUCGGAGCAGCCUGUAUCUACAAGUCGUAAUAGACCAAUUCAUACGCAGCUGUCUACGAAUCCCUUUUAUCAGCACAUGGACAUUUCGACUUUGCGUGCUGAACCAACCCCAGUGGAGGUCAAAAGGAAAAGGAAUUAUAUUAUUGACGAAAUUAUCAAAACUCAAUCGAAAUCAACAGAUACAUCGGAUAGCCACUCUACUGCGGGCGGAAGGGAUUCAGUUUAUUUGGUGAUGAAGGAAACUGUGCCAAGUAAACUGGCGCGAGCGAUUCCUCUAUCUGAGCUCAAAUAUGUAUCACAAACAUUGCCCCUAAUACGACUAAUUCCUCCCACUCAUAAGGCACUGACUACUGAUUUGUAUAAUACUGCUCUUAAUGAAGGUAGAAUAACUGUGGUUUCCUCUCGGAUUGAAGAAUUGAGGCGAUUAAACCUAUGGUCCUUGAGACAACCGAAAAAGUUCUUGGACCCUUGGAGACAGAAGCAGCCUUCAACACAUAGGGGAUACAUGUUAGAAGAAGCUAGGUGGAUGCGCGAAGAUUUCCAUGAAUUUAAAAAGUUCAAGGUUUCUGUAUGCGCAGUAAAUUCGAAAGCAAUAAUGGACUACUGGAAAUAUGGGAAAGCUUGCUGUAUCAAACGUAGGAGUAUAUCACACCUACAGAAGUCAGUCAAUGAAGUGCAGGAAGCCGAUACUCUAGGUAAUAUUGAUGACUUGUUGAACAAAAUUUCAGAUAAGAAGCUAGCUGGUAUGAUUGAAGAACAGAAGAAAGUAAUAGCUGUAGAUGCAAAGCUUUCAUCGAGUAAAAUAGCACCGAGUGAAGAAAUACAUGCGCCACACAUUUGGGAGGACCCUCUCGAUGAACUUGACGAGCAAGGAUGCAAGCCAAUAUUCAAAACUUAUAUGUCCUACAAUGGCGUAUCACCUCUCGAAAAAACGAUUUUAGAAGAUCUUCCUAUUUACAAAGGCAUUUUGGAUGAACAGGCUGCUGAAGAUAAUAGUGUACCUUUUGUGCCAAUCUCUAAAUCUACUGUUCUUCUUGACGAUGACUAUUUUAUGAAAUUGAUUGAAAAGGACAUAGUGGAUGAUGAGCCCUCUUUCGUGGCACUUUCUAAAAGACGAGGGAUGUUUUAUGGGAACCGGAGAAGUCAUUAUUUGAAACCGCCUUCAGCACCAGCCCUUCGGUACUUGAAGUUUCGAACACCUACAAUCUGGUCACCGGAAGACGAUCAGGAAUUAGUCAAAAAUAUUAACCAGUACGCCUAUAAUUGGGAUCUGAUAGGCGCGUUAGUUUCAUCUUCUAACGGAAGAUCCUACAUAUCCAAUAUUGAGAGGAGAACGCCCUGGCAAUGUUUCGAGAGGUUUGUUCAACUAAACGAGAAGUUUUCUGUUCAUGAUAUGAAAGGCCCCCGCGCAAAUGCUGCACAAAUGUGGCUAUAUGAGGCACACAAGCUUCAGCAGCAGCAAAAACGCCGUAUCUCGCCUUUAGGCGUUGGUUCGGAGUCUAUUCAACGUGGGCAUCGGCGCCUGAGAUGGGCAACCAUGUUUGAAGCAAUGAGAAAGACUAUUAAGAAGAGAGAAAAUGCACCAAGGCCUAAUCCAUCUCAGCCAAGAAAACCUUUGGAUGUGAAAAGCGCAGCGGUCCCUACUCCGGCUGAAAUGUCAGAAUUGAAGGCCCAACGCGAUGAAACGCUCCGCAGGGAAGGUCAGAUGAGGCGCGCCGCGAAACAGCGGAUUCAUCUCGCUCAAUUACAACAGCAACAGCAGCGCGUUCAACAGGAUGUCGUGCAACAGCGGCCGCAGUCGCGUUCCCAGCCAGAUCCCCCACUGUCGCAACAGAUACCUCGGGUGCAGUCUCCACGGCCUCAACAACCCCUAGCACAACAACUUAUUGAGGAUAAGGGAAAACUUCUCCCGGGAGUUUCUGUGAGUGCUCCGACUUCAAAAGAAGCGAGCAAUAAUGGCAAGAACUUGAUGGCACUUCGACAAGUCCAAAGUUCUCCUGUCAAUGGCGAUCUACAGAAGGCAACAGCGCAGGUACCACCUCGUGGGCCAAACAAGCCCCUAACAGAAAAAGAGAUUAUUGAAAGCUACGCACGGAAGAUAAUAGCCCAGAAGCCAGACUUCACACCUGAGCUUGCUCUGAAGGCGGCUGAAAGUUAUUAUCAGAAUGUGACCUUAAAGCAAAACACUAUUGGUAAACAGAUUGUUUCUCAACCUUUAUCUGCAGCGACUGUUUCGACGCCACCUUCAAACGGCAGAGCAGUACACAAGAUACGAUCUCCAACUCCGCAAGAAAUCCUUCAGAGGAUACAGCAAAAGAAGAAUGAUUCAUAA